CUGAAAUCUAGAAAAGGCGAAAACCUAUAUCACAUUUUUCUUAAAAUCAUGCAUUAUCGACGGGUGUUUGACUGAUUUACCAGCAUGGCGAACAAAGGGAGCAAGGCAACUCGGGGGCAAAGCAAGAAGGGCAAGACCCCCAAGAAGUCCGGAGAUGACGUGUCCAUGUGGGAGAUGACCGUGGGGCGGGAGGUGGACUGGCAGUCCGACAAGAACCUGCCGGACACAAACCUGCACAUGCUGAUCAAUCAGCUCAACUGUGACGUCACCUUCCGGGUUGGAGAGGCAGAGGAGAUCGUCCCUGCCCACAAGUACAUGCUUGGAUCUCGAAGUAACGUGUUCCAGACCAUGUUUGCCGAAUCAGAAGCCAUCAUGGAGGACAACGAUGAGAUCGUGGUAGACGACAUAGAACCGAAUAUAUUCCGACAUAUGCUGGUGUAUUUGUACACGGACGAUGUUCGUCUGGACCCAGAGAACGUUUCCUUGGUGUUGUAUGCGGCCAAAAAAUACGGCAUCAAAGGUCUAAGGACGCGGUGUCUGCGGUAUCUGGAGGCCGACCUGUCACCAGACUCUGCCUGUGUCAUCAUGGAACAGGCGCACGUGUAUGACGAGGAUGACCUGAGACUCAAGGCUCUGAACUACAUCCUCAAGACAGGGGACGGGACACUCCGUGCUCGGACAGUCGGGGAGCUCUGCCACGAAUGUCUCUCAAUGGUUUUAGCCUCCGAUGACCUGAACGCACCUGAAGAUGUCGCAUUCUUUGGCGCCCUGUACUGGUCUGAGUGUGAGCUGGAACGCCACGGCAAAGACAUCACGCCUGAAGGCCGCAGAGACGUCCUUGGAAACGCCAUUUAUAGCAUCAGGUUUCCUCUGAUAGAGAAAAAGAUAUUUGUGCAAAAGGUGAGCCCUUUCGGUGUUCUUAAUGAUGUUGAAACAAACACCGUACUUCAGUACCAUAUCAUACCGGAAGUUGGAGCAAAGCCCUUCAUCACUGAAGAAAGGAAGGGUACGUUUGUCCGUCCGGACAUGUACGAAGAACCAAAGGUAGAAGGGGUAAUAGAUUUGACACAACCCCCAGAGCCCCGAAUGGAGCUGCCACCUAUUAUAGUAGAACCUGAAGCGGACCCCAAGAAGGGAAAGAAAGAAACACCCAAGGACGAGAAGAAACCAGCGGACAAAAAGAAAGACAAGGGGAAAAAGAAGAAGAAGAAGGAGGUCCUGCUGGACCAUAACCUCUUGCGCUUCUCAACUCGGGAUGAAAUGUUGUCGUGGAUGUGUGAUGGGCAGUUGGACGACGCCAUAGGCUUCGGCUGCGAUCACGACUUCCUGUUGAUAGGUUUUCUUCUGUUCGGUCCAUCUCGCUACGUCCGAGGUCAGUACUAUGUCCGAGCAAGGGUUGAGGAUGAUGAAGGGAAGGUCAUGAAAGGAAGUUUGAUGGAGGUGGAGGUUGACGUUAAUCCCAACGACAAGUACUAUGAGCUCCCCUUCCCGACCCCAGUCCGGAUAGAGUGCAAGAGGGUAUACACGCUGCUGGUGAACGUGAGAGGCGAGCCCUGCUUCCAGGGUACCCAUGGCAACCAUACAGUACUUCUCGACGACAUGAUGUUCAAGUUCUUUAACUGUGAACGCAGCCACAAUGGCACGACUGUCGAAAUCGGACAAAUACCUGGUUUGAUUGUUAACACAGAGUAACCUUACCUCUGAUAAGGCAUUACUGGCACUGCGUUGUGAUGUUACACGUCAAAACCUCCGCACAUCGCGUUUUUCUUUUAUUAAAAUACACGCUCACACCAAAUUUUAAAUGCGUUCCGAUGCAUCUAUAAAAGGCGAUGCACCUUAUGUUAACGCAUGGUGUAGUUAAUAGCAUGGGGA